AUGAGUAAAUUGAUUAAAAACUAUUUUGGCGCCUUAGAAGGAGAGAUGGAUUACGCGAGCCAGCAGACUGGUCGUGGUUCCGAUGAUGAAUCAAUCAUUGAACAAGAUGCUGGGGACGUUUGGAGUGAUAGCAGCGACGGCACUCGCCUAACUGUAGAGCCUGAAGAUGAAGAUGAGGAUGAAGACAAACACAGUAGUACUGAGUCGUUCUUCAUGUAUGGAAGUGAGGAUGAAGUCUUAAUAAGACCAUUAUUCCAAAAAGUGGACCUCUUGAUAAAUGAUUUCGCUGAAACAAAUGCAGCCUUCACCAAAGACCAAGUGAAGCGAUAUCUUGGAGCACAUGUGUGCUACGAGCAUCACACAAAAUUCAUUGGAGAGUUCAAGCCUCCCCAAGCGAUCAAGACAAAGCUCAGUGGCUGGACCCAUUUGCAGCAACUUGGAGCCCAAUGGAAGGCGCUUAGUGCAGAGCAGCAACGGCCAUACAAACAAGAGGCAGAGGAAGAGAAGAAGCGGUCCUCGAACAUUGACAUGUUGGCCAAGUACAAGUCUUUUGAUAGACAUUGGAAACAAUUUCGCAGAAGUGCAGAUUUCUUCAGAGAGAAUUAUCGCACACAUUUGAUGAUUUACCGAGCAACUGACACCAUUCAUGAUAAACUCUACGUACCAUUGCAUCAGCCAAAUUCUGGUACAAGGAAGGCUCCCCAUGCUGCCCAUACUGCCCUCAUUCCCCACGUUGCCCACGCUGCCCUCACUCCCCACACUACUACUCGCAGGUACCCCAAAAUCCUGAAGGACUCUGAUGACGAUUAUGACCCUGAUGGCUCGUUCCAGGACGGUGAUGAUUCACGAGAGGAUAAUGAAGCACGAGCUAUUGCGCCUGUUCCUUCAAACUUUUCUUCCAAAUCAUCGAAUGCUCUACUGACUGCCUUUGAUCCGAGCAAUAGUGCCAUUUCAGCUGACCUUGUUCAAAAAUCAAACAAGAAGCUUCGUGGAAGCAAAGAGCAAGAUAUCAAAGAUUUACGAGUCGUAGCCAAAGAUGCCUGGUGUGAGUAUCGCACAUCUAACCAAUCCAUGUUGUUGUGCCAGAAGGGCUACAACUGUCUAUAA